UCCGGACUCUGUUCUGACUGAACAAAAUUAAGCAGCAAGUUAUCACAUUGUUUCAGCAAUGGAAGGAAUAGUUAUACGUCAUUGGGUGGAAACUCCAACACGUUAUCAGGAGCAUUUUGCUGAUCAAGAUUUGGAAGCAUGCAGGUUAAAUCACCUUCUGUAUGCUUUGCCAGGACCAGCCAUCGCUGCUCAGACAAAGAACAUACACACAGCCAAGACUACAGCUGAAUCAGAGCAGAACAGCACAGAUGCAGCACUGUCCAAAUUCCAGGUAUUACUAGAUGUUGUGCAGUUCCGUCCUGAAGAUGUUAUCAUUCAAACCUUUGAAGGCUGGCUCCUGAUCAAAGCUCAGCAUGGACCCAGGAUGGAUGAACAUGGCUUUAUAACUAGAAGCUUUACUAGACAAUACAGGUUGCCAGACGGAAUUGAAACAAAAGAUCUGACUGCUCUCUUCUGCCAUGAUGGCAUUCUGGUUAUUGAAACCAAGACCUUUGGCAAGAAAUGAAUUAUAGACUCGUUACUUGGUGAGACAAUAUUGUUCCUGCCGUAACUUGAACAAUCCUGUGUGGUGGUGCUGUGCAUGCAGAGUUGUUUUUACAAUGAAGAGAAAGGCAAGCUUUUGCAUAUUUUAUCCUGCAUACUGACCUUGAUUGUUUGAUCUGAAAGACAAUAUUUGCUUCCAACAGCUGCGUGUGUGCUGGCAUUCUUAGCAAAUGGAGAAAGCAUUUCUGCCUGACUAUAUGACAGAACAGAGAGAGGAUUUGAAAAGAUGUACACGAGGGAUGCAGAGCAGACUGUACAGUAUAAACAAAGGGGACUUGUAUAUAAAUAGAGGAACAUGGAAGCUUCAUUUAAAAUCUGAAGGGACUUGCACUUGAGAUGCAAAGGAUGAAAACUGAACUGCACAUUUUCUUGAAGUGUAACUUUCACAUCCAAAACUGUUGUAUUUAUUAGCACUAUGGCCACAAUGCAGACAAGUGCUUUAACAAGUAAGCCGACUGCACAGGUUGAGCUCUCUUUUAAAGUUUGCCCUGAGCCAGCUCCGACUCCUGAAAAGGCAAGUCACUUUUAAAACUGAACAAAGACUUCAGAUAAAUAAGUAGAUUAUGUAGUUGUAUGCUUACAUAACUUAUUUUCUCUAUGAUAUUUAAAGAAUGGUCUUCAACGUAUUUCUUUUUUCUACUAAGGUUUGCUACAUGAGUUAUUCUAAAUAUUUCAGCAUUCUGCUGCUUGAGAGAACAGCAGCUGUUUAGCAGACUGCCUUCUUUCAUGUGUAGUGAAGAUAAGUAUGACUGCUGAGCUAUGAAUAGUAAAGGAAUUUGGAGGGAAAAGAGCCAAGCUAAAUACAGGAUCUUAUUAUGGCCACCUGCCAUUCAGACAAACUAAAUGAUAUAUUAACUGAAAUAAUGGUCUAUCUAUAUGACUGAAAGCUGAAAUGAAACAGCUUUACAUAAGUGAUACCCCAUCUAAAUAAAUAAAACACCUCUAUUAAAAACCAGAAGUUUAAACUUGUUUGUGAAUAAACAUCUUAUGCAUCUUAAAGAUAUUGAAGCUGGUCUGGGCAUCAUGUUGCUCCACAAUCAAGGAGCUAUCCCCGCACAUCCAUAAAAGUUGUCAGAGGACAGUACUAAUCACUUGUUGGGGGGAUGGAAAGGUGAAAAGAAUGCCUAGUAUAGGAAACAUAGGAAACUGCCAUUUACUGAGUCAGACCAUUAGUCUAUCUAGCUCAGUAUUGUCUUCACAGACUGUCAGCAGCUUCUCCAAGGUUGCAGGCAGGAAUCUCUCUCAGCCCUAUCUUGGAGAAGCCAGGGAGGGAAACUUGAAACCUUCUGCUCUUCCCAGAGCGGCUUCAUCCCCUGAGGGGAAUAUCUUGCAGUGCUCACACAGCAAGUCUCCCAUUCAUAUGCAACCAGGGCAGACCCUGCUUAGCUAUGGGGACAAGUCAUGCUUGCUACCACAAGACCAGCUCUCCUCUCCUGACCAGCUCUCCUCUCCUGAGUCCUAUAGCCAACAUACCCUCUCCUAAGAAAUUAUUAAUGCUGUUAUAGACAUUGACUGGCAUCCAGACUCAUUCUGCACCAAUGCAAACAUGUAGCAUUAGUGCACAGAAGUUGCACUAGCUAGUUCUGCUAAGUCAGGAGCUUGCCUUGCAUUCCAGACUAGGGUUGCGCUGGUGCAACAGAAUGCACUUGCACAAACUGUGGCUCACCCCCUGUUGUGAAAUCUCUUCCUCAAUCCAUAUAUGUUACAGGCAAUUAUGCAAAGCUAUCUGCUAUCCUUGUCACACACAUACGACGCUUGAGCACAGGGACUAAGACCACUAGAGUUUGAGCAACUUUGAGCAUUUGCUCAGCUACAUGAUAUUCUUGUGUCGCACCAGUGCAGUGUUAGUCUGGAUGUUAGGCACUAUAAUUUGGCAGCGUCUUUGGAAUGGACCAUAACUGCUACCCGAUUGCUAGAUUCCAGUUGUCUUACUAUCUCCAACCCCAUGCAGCAGCAGCCUUUUAUAUCCUACUACUGCUACAACAAAUGUUUAUAUACCUCUCUUCAAUCAAAGUUCUCAAAGCAGUUUACAUAGAAAAGUAAAUAAUACAUAAAUAAGAUGGUCCCCUGGCCACAAAGGGCACACAAUCUAAAAAGAAACAUAAUGCAGAUUCCAGCAACAGCUGCUGGAAGGAUGUUGUGCUGGUGUUGGAUAGGGCAAGUUGCUCCCCCCCCCCCCCGCCACCCCUGCUAAAUGUAAGAGAAUCACCACUUUAAAAGGUGAGAAUAAACACAGAUCUGGAACUAUGCUGGAAGGGGAAAGCAGCUAGGAAUGGGACAUAUUUGAGUGACAAAAAUGGCCAACGGGAACAAUUAAAUAUUCCCUUCCCACUCCUGCCAGUUCUGUGCUCUAAAUUCCCCACUUUGGAAGCUGAUUUACUCUUCAAAAAGCAGUGUCAGGGCACAGCUACAUGUAUUCAUAUGUGCUUAGCCCCUAAAAUAAUGGAUAUCAGAAUUAGACAACAAGCAAUGAUGCUGGGGAAAGACAGAACAGAUAUUUAGAAACAUGGCUAUGACAGAGUUUUGUGGAAGGCACAAGUAAAUUCAAAUCCCCAACAAGGCUUUUGGUAUUAAAUAAAUGAGAUCAAGUUAUUGCGACACUAUUCUGUUGCAAAAAUCACUGCAACUUCUAUGUCAUCUUUCUCUGAAUUUAUCAUGAUGUUACUAUUGUUUUAUUUUUGAUCCCUCUUCACUCCUCUUUAUGUGAUUGUGUCAUAACAAAUAAAAAUGAAUAUUAAAAAGCAA